AACGGAAUUAAUGUAGUAAUAUUUUACGGCUAGUCAAAACAAACGCACCUCUCUUUCUUUCCUUUCAUCAUUCAUAAAGUGAAGCCAACACAUAAAGCCAGUAUAGAAACAGUCUAAAACAUUCUUUCUUGGCACUAAAGAGAGCAGCUGCAGACAAAGGAGGUUAAUUCUCUUUCUCUCUUUAUCUCUCUCUGUGAAGUCAUCAGUUUGCUUUUUUUUUUUUUUUUCCAUCACUUUUCAUCUUCUGAAUUAAUGGAUGCUGCUAAAUGGUCGCAGGUGCAGGGUUUCCAGGAUAUUGGUUUGGUGAAGCCCAUGGAAGAGAUGGUUUCUAAUACAUGCACAAGGCCAAUGUUAGAGAGAAAGACAAGGCCACCAGAGCAAUUGAAUUGCCCAAGAUGUAACUCUACCAACACCAAGUUCUGUUACUACAACAACUACAGCCUCACUCAGCCAAGGUACUUCUGCAAGACUUGCAGAAGGUACUGGACUGAAGGUGGGUCUCUCAGGAAUGUUCCUGUCGGAGGUGGUUCGAGAAAGAACAAAAGAUCGACGAUAUCAAGCUCGUCAGCUUCUUCGGCUUCAGCCAAAGUCCCAGAUCUAAACCCAACAAAUCUCUCGCAGUUUUCUUCUCAAAACCCUAAGGCCCAUAAAGGCCAAGAUCUUAACCUGGCUUUCCCAGCUAUGCAAGAGAGUCAUGGUAUAUCUCAAUAUUUACAAUUGCCUAAAAUGGAGAACAACAACGAGCAGCAAAACUACCCCUCUUCCUGCAAUACUUCAUCCCCUCUUUCAGCUUUGGAACUGCUCAGGACUGGAAUGGCAUCGAGGGGAUUGAAUUCUUUCAUUCCAGCACCGACACCAGACUCAAAUACACUGUACUCAACUGGGUUCUCUAUGCAAGACUACAAGCCAACCCUUAGCUUUUCAAUUGAUACACUCGGAAACAGGGCUGGUAUCCAUGGUGUUCAAGAGAAUGGAGGAAGGCUUUUCUUCCCUUUUGGAGAAAUGAAACCAAUUUCAAGCACUAAUGAAGUUGAUCAAAAUAAGGGACAAGGCAAUUCAGCUGGAUAUUGGAAUAAUGGAGUCUUAGGUGGAGGAUCAUGGUAAAGAAAGAAAAAGGACACGGAGAUCAUCAUGCAACUGCUUUUCCCUUUUUGUUUAUUUAUUCACAUGGUUGAUUACUUGUUUAAAGUUGUCUAGAACUAACAGAUAGGAUACAUAAUGGUUUUCUUCGCUUUUAUAUCCUUCUCUGAACAAUGUAAACAGAUUGGAGCCAUUUUGGGUUUGGUUUCAAGAGGCUGUCUUAUACAUUUGCGUGUGGAAAGAAGAAAAAAGUGAAUGGAGGGCUCUGAUUUUGUCAGAGCAAAUGUGGCCUGUAUUCAUAAAUUCUUCUAUCAGAACCAGGGACUGCUGCAGCGUUGUACGUCAAUCCAAAGAGUUGGUUCAAAUAAUUGAUUUCUAGUUUGUAGGCAAAGAGAGAUAUUGAGAAAUGAAAGUUCGUAAUUUGGAGUUACUUAACAUACUUAUUCAAGACGCUCCAUCGUACCAUGAAUUAUAAGGCUAGUUAUUAUUGUUGUUUUGUCAUUUACUAUAGGUUCAAACGUGUGGUGAUGGCCUUGAAUUUUCACCUUUGUUCCGUAUGGCUGCAGCCUAUGAAAUUUAAAGACUUGGGUUUGCUUUG